AUGGGUAAAUCCCGAAGUCACAAACGAGCAAAGCAAGUCGCUGCUAUCAAAGCGCAAGAAGCUGCUGCUGUGUCGACAUGUCAUUUACGCCCAUUGCCGCUUGAAAUCAUUAUGGAGAUUGUUUCCUGGUUGCUCAGCCCUCUCGACUUGCUCGCGUUGACGAGGACGUCCAAGUUUUUCUGUCACAUGUUCACGGACCCAUCCAAUGCAUUUGUAUGGAAACGGAUGCGCGUACGAUUUCAGCCGCUUCCCGUCCCAGAUCCACCAUGGUGCUAUACAGAAUGUUCAUGGGCUGCGUUCAUCUUUGGACCGAAUAAAUGUACACUUUGUCAUCGUGCAAACUUUCAACUCCCAUGGAGUUUCGCCUGCAAACUCUUCAAGUGCGAUUCGUGUGUUAUCAAAGAAUUCUAUACCAAGAACCAUUUCACCCUUCACUCCGACCCCGAAUAUCUUGUCGUCUUGAAAGAAUGGAUCAAUCUACUCCGAACCUCAUUUGGAGUCUCGAAUACUCAGUUCAUAUCGGCAGAUUUGCUUCCACUUCUCGAGCAGGAACGCAUAUACAACAUUGGUACUAGUCACUUGCAACCAGUCUACCUUGACGGAGUGCGAUCCCUGAUUGGCGAACUGACCUCAGUGGCAACCAACCUCGAGGAUCCCGAGGCAAAGCGAGCAUAUCUCGACAAGAAGGUUGUACAAAGGAGGGCAUUCACAGAGGCCGCGAAUGAGGCGUUUAAAUGGAGCAUCAAUCUUAGUAAACGGUUGAAGAAGACACAGAGGCGUAUGAAUACCGAAGCCAGAAACUUUGCAAAGGAUGCCAAGUUGGACUACGAGUGUAUGCUUGCGACUCCUACUUAUGCCCAGAUCCUCAAGGAUGCACGAAGUGAUCAACUAAAGUCUAUUGCCAAGUUGCUUCAUUCACACAAAGAGCAAAUUGUUGUCGACAUGGAGGAGCCCGUCACGCGAAAGAUGGCGGUCGUUGCUCGUGAAAGUCUCCAUACUCGAGGGGUCCAGCUCUAUGAGUACUAUAACUCCUACAUCGCCUCCACAAAAUACUUUCCGUCCUUCAAGGUGUUCAAGUCGCUUCCAUCCGUCAAACUUCUUCUCCAACCAUCCGCGACGAAACCAGUCAACAUUCUUGAGGACCUCCGGAGUGAACCCAUCCAGAGAUUGAUCAACACCGACGUGUCACAAUGGGUAGGGCGUGCAGCCGCCGGUGCUCGUCUCCUUCUGCGUCAGGGGGAUGACGAAUCGGUCGACGUGUCUGCAAGACCGAGUUCGAUACCAAACCACCUUUUCCUGAAGAACGCGUUUCAAGCCUCUUUGUUUAUCCAUCACUCAAAUCGCCACGAAACGGUUGAUAUAAGCCUCUUCCGGAAGCAAGAUUUGCCGCCAAACGACAAAAAGGAAUGGGAUCAAUCUCGAAACGUCUACCGCGCGCGCCCAGUAUCAUGUGCUCAGCUUGUGCUCGGUAGACAGAAAGAGGAAGCAGCGAAACUUCAGUUCGUCUGCGCGCACUGCUUCAAGCCAACGACGGAAACAUUUAGCAAAGUCUUUAAUUUCAACGCGCUUAGGAGUCACGUCAAAGCAAAACACGGCGUGGCUACUAUACGGAGCGAGGACUACUUUUUUGAUCCAUCAGUCGUAAGGGCCACCAGAAUGGAGCAAGGCCUGAUCCAAAUACUGUGCGAAGAGGCUUGGAGGGAGAUGGUUCAAGAAUCCCAGGAUGCUCCUCCCGUCUAUAAUAUGAUCAACUUAGCAGUUUCGGUGCAUUCUCCGAUGGAAAUUGUAAUGGACCAGCAGGACGACGAGUAG